GAAAUAAAGUCAUGCCAUCCGUAGCGUCCCGCAACGCAUUGAGGUCAACAUCAUUGGCACGGAAGUGUUGUGCGGUUGCGUAAAGGCAUGUGGACCCGGCGGGAUGUUGCCCUUUGGCUACCUCCACGCAAGAGUGUACCAUAUACAAGCGGAGCUUGCGAAAACUUCCCGCAAGGUGUACUUCUCCAGGAUUCGCUAACCUACUGGUGUUGAUUGCCCCGAGACAGGCCUCGGGCCAAAAGGCCCACAGAUAGGCCUUCCUUUGGCCGUGAGUGCCUGUUGCUGUCGCAUUUCGGCUUCGGGCAGCUAGUUCUCCGACCUCGAAAAAACAUCUUGUAGCUGCUCGUUUAUUGUUUAUGAGCCAUGGGAUGCUCAGCAAGCGAGUUCGAGGCUCCUAACAGGAGUGGGAAGGAGAUGAAGCACAGCCUCGAUGGGAGCGAGGCGAGCCAAAAGACGGAGGCAUGGGGGAACAUCGACCCCGCAAGCAGCUGGAAUAUGACACAGCGCCCCAGUGCGCCUGUACCAGUUUUCCUUGCUCCAGACAAGAAGAUGCACGACCGUCACUUGAAGAAGUUGGACAAGUUCCGGCAGGACGUGGAGAGGGAUCCUGAGAGCCUCGCACGCAGAAUCGAGAGGAAGCGCAGGGCGGCAAACAUGCGAAUCGCCCCAGCCUAGGCGCUCUCGACCAUUUCCGUAUCUAUUCCUUUGACUGGCAUGGCUGUGCCUGCUGUGCCCGAAGCCUUUCCAUUUCUGUGAGCCAGAGAAUGUGACAGUCAAAGGGGCCGCUUC